AUGACUGCUCACACUGAGCCCCUCGUUCAUCACGAGGAGGCUUAUGACGACUCCGACGACUGCGUCUCUACAGACGACUUCACCCCUUCGCUACCUACUCUGACAAACCGCCUGCCUGAGUCCGAUGCUCACAGCGUCAGCGAUGUUGAGUCCAUCUCCGGCGAUACCAUCAGUGACCACGCUAGCGAUGCUGAGUAUGAUGAGAUCAACUACGACGAGAUUCCCGCUCUCGCUGCUCGUGCUCGCUAUCAGGAGAACGAGCCGUCUGAAGAAGAGAUGGAGCGUGUCAUGAUGAGUGAUAGAACCAUCAUCCCCGACACCCCUACCAUGGCUCAACGCAUGCCACACAUCCCUUCCGAGCCUGCUAUCGCAUCUGACUUCACACCUGAGCAUGCUCGUAUCGUCGGUUUGUCCCUCACCGACAAGCCUUAUCAAUUGCCUAACCGCCCUUUGCGUUUGGUGUACUUGGGUGAUUCUAGUCACAGCAACAUGGACGUCGUCAAGCUCAUGGCUAAGUUCUAUGGUGCCAUGACUGGCAAGUCAGCUGACAAGAAAGCCAUGUUGGAUGCAGCAUCCCGCGCCCAGUCUGAUGAGGCCGUCUUGCACUAUCUAUCUGACCUUCCCUCGCCUGUCCAAAUCGAUCGCGCCAACACUUUCGAUGUUACCCCUGGCGUCGGACCUGCUAUUGAGAAGUCUGAUGGGUCAAAGUCUAGAUUUGGAAUCUCGAAACCUGACUUGGUUGUUCUUCAUCGCGCUAGCUAUGACAAGGCCUGGCUUACAUUUGCCAAGAUGGUGGCUAUCCUCAAGAUACCCAUGGUGGAAGUUCAGGACGACUCCUUCGACCUCGCCUUGCGUGAUCACGACAUGGCAUGUGUUGUCCCAUACACUGCCCAGGGCGAACACUGUGUUCGCCUUUCCCUCCCUGACGACGAAGGUGAAGAAGUCAGAAACAGGGAGGUGCCUCUGUCCGAGAGUGCUUUCCAUGCCUUGCAAGACGAUGUCUUGAGUCGCCACGAACUCGAUGAGCCCAAGAAGAACAAGACGUCUACUCAGUCCGCCAAGCAGUCAGAGCCAUCCAAGCUGAUGUCGCUCCUCAACUCUCUACCUGUCAUGAGUACUAUGCAGAGUCUCUCGACACUGCUCUUGAUUCUAUCCUCGACCAGCUUGCUUGUUUACUUCCUUCAACAGCAGAGUCCUGCCUUUGAAUUGGCUCACCGCACACCUGCGCUUCAAGCCGCUCUGAACAAUUCUGGACUUGCCAACAUCAACGCAAGCGACAUUCUUCGCUAUCCUGUCACUACCAGCAUCAUCGGCAACUCUACAACUACUGCCGUCGCCUUCCCUACAGCUGUUCACGUCCACGUCGCCAAGUCGGAUCAACUCCUCGUCUCCCUUCCCAAGGCUUACUGGAAAUCUGCUCAGAUUGGUGUUUUCAAGAACGGCAAGGCUCUGGCCAAUGUUAACAACACCCGAGUCGUUGAUGGAGUCCUGGCCAUCUCGCUGCCUUCUACCGAUGCUUAUGGUCAGAUCCAGAUUAGCGUGCUCUCAACCCACAUGCCUCUACGCAACGAGACAGUCAAGGUCGACCUCGGCAACCGCCUGCUUCAGCGUGCCACCUACGAGAAUGCCGCGAAGGGUGUUCAGCAGGACGUCACUGUAGUUCACCAUGCGGCUAAGCUUGCUCAAGCCAAGGUCAUCUCUGACGUCCACUCCGUCUUCAACACGUCGGUCCACUGCGUCAGGUCUCUUGGAAGCAACAUUCUCGGAGGUGUCAAGUCCACAGGCAAUGCUAUCGGUGCCGCGUCGAAUCACACGUCUCAUGGCUUGUCCUACGUUGGUGGUCUUACCUACAACAAGACUUCAGACCUCGGUUCUUUCGUCAAGAGUGCCAUUCCUCAGAGACGCCACUUCAUUAGAGCUCGCAACAAUGCCCUCAAGAUCAGAACCAGACUUCUUCGUAAGUCUACCACUGCCAAGCAUAACCUUAUCAAGCCCAAGCCGGGACUUUCUCAAACUCUGGCAUCCAAGUUCGCAGAGCUUCAGAAGCACUUCCCUAGCUUCAACGCUCUGAAGAGAUCCACCUCUGUUGAGAAACGCAACAAGGCUUCUCAAACAGCCAGCAAGGUGAAGCUGACUGUCAAGACUGUUGUCGAGCCGAAGAUCAAGAAGGCUCCUGCGUCAGCAACUGACGCAGUCAAGAUUACCAAGCGCCACAAGCAGUGCAAGGACACUGACAAGAAGUUCAAGUCAUCAUGUGUUUAG